AUGGCCACGAUACAUGGCCCUCAUCUUGCGCAAAGGGCUGCGCAGCCAGGAUACAGGCAUCAGAACCAGAACUACCAACCGGGAUUGCUUCAGCCCGGACAAGUUAUCCAUGUCAAUUCCUAUGUGGUGACCAUUGAGCGAUACUUGAGCCAAGGUGGCUUUGCUCACGUGUAUGUAGUCCAAUCGCAAGCGCCAAUCAAUGGAACGCGCCAGCAUGUGCUUAAAAGGAUCGCUGUCUCCAAUGAGAGUAUGUUGAGAGAUGUGAAGAAGGAGGUUGACGUCAUGAAAGGCCUAAGGGGCCACCCGAAUAUCGUCAACCUCAUUGAUGCCACCUCGAUUCCCUCCCCUAAUGGGACAUUUGAAGUAUUUAUCCUCAUGGAGUUUUGCCCAGGUGGUGGAAUUAUUGAUAUGAUGAACCGUCGGUUAAGGGAAAGAUUGACGGAGGCGGAAAUAUUGCAGAUAUUCGUUGACGUUUGUGAGGGGGUAGCGUGCAUGCAUAAUCUUAAGCCACCUUUAAUCCAUCGGGACCUCAAGGUUGAGAAUAUCCUACAGGCAUCCCAAGCAAGCUUCAAAUUGUGUGAUUUUGGUUCCGCAGUAACAGUUCAUCCACGUCCACCUUCGACAACCGCAGAGCUACGCGCCUUAGAAGCCGAUAUCAACAGGCAUACCACAUUUCAGUAUCGUGCUCCGGAGAUGAUAGAUGUCUAUCUCAGAAGGCCUGUGGAUGAGAAGUCCGAUGUUUGGGCGCUGGGUGUGCUGCUCUACAAGCUAUGUUACUACACUACCCCUUUCGAAGAACAUGGACAAUUGGCCAUAAUCAACGUCUCCUAUCGGAUUCCCUCCUAUCCCGUUUAUUCUAAUAGUAUGAAGGUCUUAAUCGCGUCUACGCUUCAAGAACACGGCGCACAACGCCCCACAGUUUUCGAUCUCUUGGAACAGGUCCAUCGUCUCCGAGGGACGAAGCCUCUAUUCCGUUAUGUAUGCUUGGUCCACUCCUUUAUCGCCAACUUCCACAGUUGA